UUAUAAAAUUUCAACAUCUUCACUAUAUCGGUUCCAUGGCCAUGGCUCUUUCCUACCAAAAGAAUGAACAGGAGAAGAAUGCUAGUUCUUCUUCUUCUUCUUCAUCAACUUUCUGCUUUCAUAUAAAAACCCUAUGACCCAUUUCAUCCCUUGAAAAAUCCAAUGUCAAAGUCCAUUCUUUCUCUCAUCAAACCUCAUCACCACCCAAAACCUUCAUCAUCUUCCUCUCUUCCCCCACACAUCAAAACCCUAAUCCACGACGUAAUCCAAAUCCUCAAAACCAAUCAAUCUCACCAUUCUCUCCAAUCCCGUUUUGCCGAAUCCCAAAUCAUCGUUUCCAACGUAGCCCAUUUCGUCAUUGAUCGAAUUCAUAACCCUCAACAUGGUUUAUACUUCUUUCACUGGGCUUCCACAUUACCCUUUUCUUCUCCUCUCAAUAAUGUUGCUUAUUCUUCACUUCUCAAGCUUAUGGUAAAGUAUAGAUUGUUUUCCGAGAUUGAAAUUGUGUUGGAGGAUAUGAAAAAUCGAAACUUUAAACCUACGCUUGAAGCAUUGAAUAGUGUUAUUUGUGUUUAUGCUGAAUAUGGGUUUGUUGAUAAAGCAGUGAAGAUGUUUUAUAUGGUUUGUGAAUUGUAUAAUUGUUUUCCAUGUGUUGUUGCUAAUAAUUCUUUGCUUAAUUGUUUGGUGAAAAAUGGGAAAGUUGAUGUUGCCUGCGAACUGUAUGAUAAAAUGCUUGAGCGGGGUGGUGAUCAUGGUUUGGAUUUGGUUGUUGAUAAUUAUAGUAUUGUGAUUGUGGUGAAGGGUUUGUGUGAUGUUGGGAAGGUUGAAGAAGGUAGGAAGUUGAUUGAUGAUAGAUGGGGGAAUGGUUGUGUUCCGAAUGUAGUGUUUUAUAAUGUGAUUAUUGAUGGGUAUUGUAAGAAGGGUGAUUUGAAACGUGCUACUAGAGUUUUUGAGGAACUGAAAUUGAAGGGUUUUUUGCCGACGCUAGAAACUUAUGGGGCUUUGAUCGAUGGGUUUUGUAAGGCGGGAAAGUUUCAAGUAGUUGAUCAACUUUUGAAUGAAAUGAAUGUGAUGGGAUUGAAUGUGAAUGUAAAAGUGUUUAAUAGUAUUAUUGAUGCGAAAUACAAGUAUGGUUUGGUGGACAAAGCUGCCGAGAUGAUGAGAAUGAUGACAGAGAUGGGCUGUGAGCCAGAUAUCACGACUUACAAUAUUUUGAUUAACUUUUCAUGUAGCGGUGGAAGGAUUAAAGAAGCUGAAGAGUUCUUAGAGAGAGCAAAAGAAAGGACGUUGUUGCCAAAUAAGUUUAGUUAUACACCCCUCAUGCAUGCUUACUGUAAACAAGGGGAUUAUGUAAUGGCAUCCGAUAUGCUUUUUAAGAUUGCUGAAACAGGAGAUAAACCGGACUUGGUUUCUUAUGGAGCUUUUAUCCAUGGAAGUGUAGCUGGUGGGGAAAUCGAUGUUGCACUGAUGGUCCGAGAGAAAAUGAUGGAGAAGGGUGUAUUUCCUGAUGCUCAGAUUUACAAUGUUCUGAUGAGUGGUCUCUGCAAGAAAGGAAGAUUUCCUGCUGCCAAACUACUACUUUCAGAAAUGCUUGAUCUAAACUUACAACCUGAUGCGUAUAUGUAUGCCACCUUGGUAGACGGGUUUAUUAGAAACAAUGAACUUGACAAGGCAACAGAGCUUUUUGAAGUCGUAAUGAGUAAGGGUAUAGACCCUGGCGUUGUGGGAUAUAAUGUCAUGAUUAAGGGUUUAUGUAAAUGUGGAAAGAUGACUGAUGCUGUGUCAUAUGUAAAUAAGAUGAAAAUUGCAAAUCACGCUCCAGAUGAAUACACUCACUCCACAGUUAUAGAUGGAUAUGUAAAGCAGCAUGACUUAGAUAGUGCACUCAAGAUGUUUGGACAGAUGAUGAAACAGAAAUACAAACCAAAUGUAGUUGCCUACACCUCCUUGAUCAAUGGAUUCUGCAAGAUAGCAGAUAUGAGCAGAGCUGAAAAAGUUUUCAGAGCGAUGCAAUCUUUUAAUUUGGAGCCUAAUGUUGUCACAUACACUAUACUUAUUGGUGGUUUUAGUAAGACCGGUAAACCUGAAAAGGCAGCAUCUUUUUUUGAGCUAAUGCUGAUGAACAACUGUCUUCCAAAUGAUACUACAUUCCAUUACCUGAUAAAUGGUUUAACAAAUAUUACAAACACUACACUUCUUAUUGAGAAAAAUGAGGAAAAUGACAGGUCCUUGAUUUUGGAUUUCUUUGCAACGAUGAUAUCAGAGGGAUGGAGUCAAGUGAUUGCCACGUAUAAUUCUAUUAUCGUUUGUCUAUGUAAGCAUGGAAUGGUCGACACUGCCCAGUUGUUGCAAACUAAGAUGCUAAGGAAGGGGUUUCUUAUGGAUUCUGUAUGUUUCAGUGCCUUACUGCAUGGCUUAUGUCAAACAGGAAAAUCAAAAGAAUGGAGAAAUAUUAUAUCUGGCGAUCUCACUAAGAUUGAUUUCCAAACUGCAUUCGAGUACUCCCUGAAAUUAGACAAAUACCUGUAUGACGGAAAGCCAUCAGAGGCUUCAUAUAUUUUACUAAACUUGAUUGAAGAUUCCAAGCUUUCUGAUCAACAAGGCGAAGUUCAAAGAGUUACAAGCACAUAGUAAAGAAAUUCCCAUACUUCAUUUGGAAAUUCUACAAAGAUAUAGGCUGAUCGACUCAACAGUCUCAUACAUCUCAUAUAUGAAUGCGUACAAAAGGAGGUUUACAAACGUCCAUUUUUCGUUAUGCUUGGUGAAAGCACUUGGCGAAGAGACAAUGCAAGUUAUCUUCUGCUAAGCAUUUUGUGUGAAGAGGCUAUGAGUGAUUAAUUUAUAGUGCAACUGCCAACUGCCAACUUUUUGCUUGCAGCGUAACUGGCAUGCCUUAUGUUGUGCUUCCAAGAACAGGAGAAAGCCAUGGCUUGGAAUUGGAUGUGCUAUGAAGUCUAGUAAAAGGGGUACUGGAUUCAACUCCACGUUGACAGAUAAUUUGAUGGUCAUGCAUGGAUUCUCAUUCUGAUAUGGAAAGCUAGCUGAAAAGGAACCUGUCAAGUUAUUUGACAGCAAGAACUGAGCUAAGGGCAGAGAAGACAAGUUGGUUCUGCCUGGGGUCUGCUAGUCUUUGAGCUCCAACGAAUACUUUGAUGUUGUGGAGGCAUGCGUGCAAAUGGUUCUGCUAUUCUUUGGUUAGUAGAGAUUAGCUCUUGAUCUAAACAAUAGAGUUAGCUUAGUUGGAUUACAUAAUCAAUUAUUCUACUUUGAUUGCAAACAUGAAGCAUAGUAUACAUACUCAUUGAGCUAUAUUUAUCAAUUUUUUGUAGUUCUAAAGAAUAAGUUGUGUAUGAGCACGCACAAUCUCUAUUAAGCAUUGCGAAUCAAAAGUAUAAGAUAUAUAUAACUUUGAAAUAGUUUGAA